GGUUUUUUUCACGUUGACAUGGAUAUGUGAUGGUCAACAAAACUCAUGUUGCCUUUUUUUAGCCUCACGUUGGUACUGUUUUCAUAUUUGUUCGCAUUGUUUACGGUUUUAGAUGUUUAAAAUGUCUGUCCGGACGGUAGUAAUGGCGUUAUACCGCAACAAAAUGAAGCUAAGUAGCCAAUUUUAACUAGCACGGCUAACGGAGCGUCCAGCGCUAACGUUACCUGCGUUUUACAUUUUUUUUGCACAUUUGGGAAAUGUUCACCAGCUAUAUUUGAGGAAAAUGAAGAGAAAAGUAGCCAAGGUAAGACUGAGCCCUAACGAAGAGGCUCGGAUAAUACGAGAGGAAUAUGAAAGGAGGAGAAAACUGCGAAUACAGCAGGUGCGGGAGCAGCAGCGAGACAUCGCACAGCAGAUCCGUCAAGGGGUUGAGCAGAGACGGCAGCGUGAGCUGGAGAAGCUGGAGGAGGAGCUGAGGGAGGACUGGGAGCAACAGCAGAGGGAGAAACUCAACACACUGCAGAGGCUUUACCAGGAGAGCCUCCAGCUUCUGGGUCAGGGACACAGGAGUGCAAAAGAAAAUGAACCUGACUUGGCCGCCAUAGCUCAGAGGGAGGAGGAAAAUCAUGUGAAAGCAGAGGAGCGUUAUCGAGAAGCCCUGAAGGAGCUCAAAUCACAGAGGCUUAAAGACCAGGAGAGGCAAAGCAGAUCUAUCAAUGCCAGGAAGAAGGCACUACAGGCAGAAAAGGAAAGAUCAGCAAAAGUGGCCAGCCUCCCACCACCUCUCCCAAACCCCAUAGAGCAGGACAUUGAUUCCAAAAAGCCACAUGUAGUAAAGAAAUCUGAUGUGAAUGCCUUCACUGCCACACACUACCACAUGCCUGAGAGCACAGUGGACAGAGAGGUGGACACAAAGCAGCCUAAUGCCCAUGAGGAAGCUGAGCUGGAGUUGAGGAGACUGCAGGACUUGCAGAGGGAGGAGAAGAGGACGAGAGAGGAGCAGCUUGAGAAGGCUCGUCUCAGAGGGAAGGAGGCUCUGAGAAGGGAACACCUCGUGCAGGAUCGUGAACGCUUGCUUGUUGAACUGGAGCACAUGCAGCAGACAGACCUGCUGAGGAGGAGACAGCAGGUGUCACAGAUGCCUCCUCAGAUAUUCCAGCCUCUCUAUAAGAGACAGGAGACAAGGGAGGACUUCCAGAGGGAGAUGGAAUUUGCCUUUGAGGACAUGUACACCGGAGAGAGGAGGGUUAAAGGAGACCUGGUGGUACAGCUGGUACCUGAGCCCCUGCCAGCUCUGUCCACAGGCAACCAGGACCAAGAGCUGGACGUCACACUGGAUGAAACCACUGCACAAGGAGCAGAAAACACACAACAUGACACUGAGCAGGAAGAGCAGGAAACAUCUGCUCAAGUGGAACCCUCCGGACCUGGUCCAAGAAAGGCAUUGAAGAAACUCCUGGAUCGUAUCAGGAGCCAGAGGAACCAGUGGAUUGACCACAGCAGUCGAGUCCCUGCAGCUGAAUCACCGACCGCCAACGUCGAUCAGAUCCCAGAGCACGACACAACCAUCGAUACAGGCUCUCUGACCAGUGAGGAGAAAGACAUCCUGGCCCCCAUCAGGCUCCCUGAGCCUGCCCACUCACCACGGGUUGGACCAGAGUUGGAGACAACAGCACAGUCAACUGCAGCAGAUACUCUACUUGAUAUACUCGCCAACAGAAUCCAAGAAUUUGAAGAAGAACGGAAGAAAAGGGAAGAGGAGCUUGAGAGGGAGAAGCAGCAGCAGAUGGUUUUGCUCCAGAAGCUGGAAGAGCAGAAAGCCAGAUUGGAGCAGAUGCUGCUUGAAGCUCAGCAGGAGAGGGAAGAUCUGAGGGCUGUUGUUACCAAGGGAGUACCUGUUAACCAACCAGAAGUACCUGUCCAUGACAAGAAUGUCACCUCUGUCAUUCCUGGUCUCGUCACUGAGCCGGUGCCUCCUGCAGGUGAACAUGACCACUCCAGAAGGAUUAAAGAAUAUCAGCACCGACUGCUGGAACAAAACAGAAUUCACCAGAGGUCAGUGGAGGUGGCUCGCCAGCGCCUGGAGGAAUAUCAAAAAGCUCUACGAAUUCGUCACAACACGAUCACCACAUCGUUGCUGCCUGUUGUCGUUCCCUCAGUCCUCAUUCCCCCACCUCUGUACAGUGCUCAGUCUAGGAAUCUCCCAGCUCCUCUGCAACCCCCUUCAACUCCAGUAGUGCCUGCCUACAUCCAUGCUACAUCACAAACCCCUGUGGAAGUCCCCACAAGAGAGUGUGACAUGUUGGCUUCACCUUCACGACUUCCUGGCUCCAGUGGAAGCUCGAAAUUGCUGCCGGAUGAAGUUGAUUCUAUUUCAAGCGGUCCCAGGGACCAGAGACCUGAUCUCACCACCUGGCUGACUGACAACAUAAUGGAGAGAGUAACAGAGCAUCUAACACACAGAGUGAGACCUUCUUCAGAGCCACUGCCUCAAAAACUGUUCACAACACAUCAGUCAACCAGCAUCCUACUCCAGCCAACCUUUGAUCCCAUCAGAGCGAUUAGUCCGAGCAUCACAGAUGGUGCAGCUCUGGUUCCAGGCCAUGCAGUGGUUAAACCUGGGAGCGUGCCGCAUGACUCCCUGCGGUCUGGGUCGCUCAGCUCCAGGGAGGACGACGACAUGGAGAGGCAGAGACGAGAGCUGAGGGAGGUCCAGAGACGGGUGCUGGAGCAGAUGGAGGCAGUGGAGCUGCAUCAGAGGCAGCAAGAAAAGGAGAGGCAGAGACAGGGAGAGCAGCAACAGAGACAGGAAGUGGAGAUGGAGCAGAUGAGACAUCAAAAGGAGACAUUACAGGCUCUGAUUCAUACUGAUGCACAACCAGUUCCAGAGGCUGCCAGUGAAGUGUUGGUUUCAGAGAACAUUAGUAAGACCCGCCGAAAAUUACUCUCAUCCCUGCUGAGAGCUAUAGAGGAGUCUCACGGAGGAACUUUAUCACACCUAGAAGACCCUCAGGAGACAGAUGGAUCCCCUCCACAGCCGCCUUCUAUCAGUGAGACAGGGAGCCGUGUUGGCAGUGCCUGCAGUACAUGUACCAAGAUGCAUUAUGUGCAAGCUCCUGACGCCCAAUUCCCAAAAUCUUCCAAAACCCGGUCAUUGCAGCAGAAUGAUGACGGCAUCGAUGGGCAAUUUUUCAAAGAUCUCAUCUCUCAGAGCAAUGUUCUUGCUGGACAUGCCCUGGCAUCAGUCAUCUCCUCAGGACUCCUCCCUCCGCCUCCUCGAGCAGCAAAGCCCCCAGUGACUCGCGUCAGGCCAGGCAUCAUGGAGAUGAUGACUGAACAACAUGAGCUUAGUGCCAUUCAAGAGGUGGAGACACCAGUCAACACCAGCCAAGUCACAGGCCCAGAGGAUAGCAUGGCGGUUCCCUCACACACUCUGGACUCGGAUCUUCAGGGGGAUUCAGAAUCAUCUGUGGUCUCUGACAUGACUCAGCAUAGUGCUGAACAAUCAACCGGCUCUGGAACGAGCUCAAGGAGAUCCAGCCAUCCCACCUGGAGAGAGAGGCUACUGAUGGGGGCAGGGACAUCUCCAGAACCUUCAGAGGCCGAUUCAGGCCUGAGGAAAAUCUCACCCCUUUUGUCUGACUCUGGGAGAGGAGGCGACUGCUCUGGGCCUGCAAUCACAAGCUACAGAUCCCCCACAGAGUCUGCAUGUCGGCCUCCUGAUUCUGACUGCCUCUCCUCCACCACCAUCUCCACCGGCAGCUACAUCACCACAGAUCCUGAUCAAAACGUCAACACUGAUAAAUCCCCACUGCUCAGACAUCAUGUAGAACAAGGACAAGAAGCAGAUUUACUCAACGUCUCCUCUCCAUCCGGUCAAAGCUUUUGUACUAAGGACAGCGCAACUGCAGGCCGUCCUGGUCUGGCUGUAGACUCUCUGUUUAAUGACAGCAGCAUCCAGCACAUUAUAGACAGAUACACAAGGGAGCUCAACAUCUCCCUCAGCACUGCUGGCAGAACUACAGACAGUGAAGGCUCGUAUGAGGAGGAACCUGGCCCUUCAGUUUCUCAGCAGUCUUUGGUUCGAGUCCUGGAGAGGAGAGGGGAGGAUGAAAGCUCCACAGCUCAUCAGUCUCUUCCCUCAGAGACUGCAGGUGCACAGAUGAGCGGCCUGGAAUGGCACAAUACAGUAAAUCCAAUCCUGGAGCACCACUCAGGCGAGGACCUGUCACUGACUGAGGACCAAGAGUCUUUCAGACCUCUGAUUGGCCAGCUGACAGACCAGUCAUCCUGUCUCGCUGCUGAUCAGAGGGAUUCGGCCAUGGUGCAACUGGUUGGUCAACCAUCUGCUCACUCGUCCAUGAUUGGUCAGCUACCAGGUCCACCAGUGUCAGUGAGCUCGGAUCAAGGUGGAUGGGAUUCCACUCUGAGUCGGAUGAUUGGUCGACUCUCCCAUCAGUCCAGCUUUCACUGGCUGAGUGGGGGGCAGGACUUUUAUGCAGGUCAGCUGAUGGGUCAGACGUCAUCGGAGCAGUCGACCACAUGGUUGGAUGAAGGUCCAGAGGAGAGCCGAAUGAGACCGCUGGUUGGGGAGCUGGAUGAGUCCGCUGGCCAGCACAGUGGAAACUCAGAUGAAAGAACCCACGUGGAACUUGGUGUCUCAGCUGAGGCCAGUGGGCCGUCAUACCCAGCGUUGCCUCCCGAAGCCUCAUCACACAGUGCCUCUGUUCCAGAUGUGAAUCCACCUCCACAGGACCAGACACUGCAGAACCAAACCAGUCCAAUGGACCUGGGCCCACAGAGCACUGAAGUGUUUCCAGGCUCAGAGUCAUUCCAUCUGCUGCUAGCUGAGGUCACCCACAAUGAAACAGUAGACCCCUCCAUGACCUUUCACCUGCCUGAACACAAUGUGCCUACCUCCCCUGACGGACAGCCAGCCAGUGGGGAACCCAGUGUUUCCACACCAAGCCACACUGAUGCUUCUAUCGAGUCUGAACCAUCACCUGAGCGCCUCAGAACGGAGGAGUCGUCUCGCUGCAUCACAGCUUCCCCUGCCUUACCCGACUCUUUCACCCAGCUCAUCACAUCACAGAACCAUCCUGAUGAAUCUGCUCUCAUGAUGUCUCCCAUGAGAGCAGAGGUGGAGCUAACAGCUCUGAGUCUGUCAAAUUUAACCAUGUGUGAUGAUGCACCUACUGUGGGCACCUUGCAGCCAGAAGAAGCGGAUGCCGAUAGAAACUGUGUUUCUGAAAGGAGAAAUUCAAUCCCACUUGGUGACCUCUGUCCUGUCUCCAAUAAGAUAUUGGAAGCUGCCAGUGAGAAGGGGAUCCUGGAACAGUCAGAGAUAACACUAGUGAGCCUGACAGACACAACACUGCAAGACCAAGAAAUAACCAUCACUGAGGAACAGGGACAGAAAGGCCACGAGACAGAGGGGUCAGAAUCCUCGAUGUCACUGGAUGAGACUCCAGAGGACAAGAAACAAACACCUCCAGAUUCAGCGAUGCUCCUGGAGUUUCAGUGGGGUCCCAGCAGAGACCUACAGGAGGUCCACCAGCAGAAACGCAGAGCACUGCUCCAGAGAUCGUCCCGUAGGGUGGAGGAAAUCAAGGCCACAGGGGCUUUUGCUAAGAUUCAACCUAAGAUCCAAGCUCCAUCUGAAGCAAGAGAGCAGUCUAAAGCUCAGGACUCUCAACCUGUCACCUGUGGGGCAAAGAUGAAGUCAGAAUCUCAACACAAGACUAAUGCCAAGUCAAAGGAGGAGCAGGCUGAGCCACAUCAGACCACUGAGAAAUCUGGAUUCACCAAGCAGAAAAAGGCCCAGCUUCCCCUUCCAGUGAGCGAUUCCAGGCUGAAAAAGUUGGAUGAGGUGAAGACCUGCACACCAGAGCAAAGGAAACGGGAUGUUUUUGAGAUGCACCAAAGAACUCAGAGACUGUACGAGCAGCUGGAGGAGGUGAAACAUCAGAAAGCCAUCAGGAACAGACAGGAAGCUUUUGCAAAGAACAAACUGAAGGCCAAAGAGUUCCACAAGAAAACCUUACAGAAACUUCGUGCCAAGCAGAAUCUGUAGUGAGUCUGAAUGUGUUCUAGUUAUGCUUUUGUACAUUUAAGUUAUUUUGUAAAGAUUUAAUAAUAAAGCAUUUUAAGUUAUUUGAA